AUGGGUGACUGCGGCGAUGCUGAGGACGAGUUUGAAGACGCUCUGGAGGUGAUUCCGGCGCACUGUAAAAUGGACUUGAAUACGGCUUUAUCAGAUUCAAAAAUUGCUAUACAUUUGUUUUUCAACAAUAAAUUUGACGAGGCUCAACAUAUAUUGGAACCAUGGGUUGGAACGAGCAUGUAUCACACCAUUGGGAGAUCAAUUUUUCUGUUUCUAGAAGCUUUACUCACAUUUGAACAGGCGAGCAUACAGAAAGCAUCCGCGGCACUGAAAUCCAGUAUCCGUUUGUGCAAUUCGUAUAGAAGAAAAACCACUCUGACGCAGUCCAUCGGGAACAUAAUGAAAAAGCCUAACUACGACUCGUACACGCCGGACGAGUUGCACGCCGAACUGUGUUUUGCAGAAGCACUGUUACUCAAAGCACUGUUGACAUUCAUCGAGGAUGAGACGUUAGUCAGUUUCAUCCGCGCUGGCAUUAAAAUACGAUCUUGCUACAAUUCGUACAAAGAAUGUAAUGUCAUACUUACCUCGCGUGAGUGGUCAGAAAACGAGAAGUCUUACAAAGAGCAUUUCGAGAGCGGCGUGCGCCUGGGUAUUGGGGCUUUUAAUCUGAUGAUUUCGUUACUGCCAUCGAAAAUAAUCAAACUACUGGAAUUCAUCGGGUUUUCCGGGAGCAAAGAACAAGGCCUCGGCGAACUUGAAUUGUGUUACCAGGUGCCACAUGGACUGCGGCACGUCCUGUGCGUGCUAACCAUGCUCACAUACCACCUGGUCGUGGUGUACGUUUUCAGUCAGGAGGAGGGUGACUUGGAGUUUUGCGACGCAGCUCUGCGCCAACAGCUGACGCUGUACCCCAACGGCGCGUGGUUCUUGUACUUUAAAGGGCGCCUGGAGUUUAUGCGCGGUGACGUAGACGACGCGAUCAAGUGGUACACGGCUUCGGUGGAGUCCCAAGACUCGUGGCCGCAAUUCCAUCACAUAUGCUACUGGGAACUUUGCUGGGCCAAUUGCGUUGCCUUAAACUGGAAACGGGCAGAAAUGUACGCGGCCAAAUUGGCCGAGCAGAGCAAGUGGUCACGCACUACUUACAACUACCAGCGCGCAUGCAUUAUGCUCAUGCGAGGAUACAAUUGUCUGUCCCGAGAUGAGCUCAAUACGGUCAACCAGCUAAUGGCCGACGUGCCCAAAUACAAACAGAGGAUCGCGGGGAAAUCGUUACCAAUGGAAAAAUUUGCAGUGAAGAGAUCUCAAAGGUUUACCAAUCAGAACAACCGGCUGUUCAUGCCCGCCGUUGAACUGCUGUACCUAUGGAACUUGUUCAACGUGUUCGGAAAACGCAAGUCAUUGUGCGACAAUUUGUACAGACUCAUCGACAGAAACACAAAGGAUCUUGAAAAAAAUCCUGGGCAAUAUGGCAGCGAAUACGAGUAUGACAACAAGGCACUCGGGUGUCUGCUGAAAGGAGUGUGCCUGCGUAUUAUGAACAGCCCGCUGCACGCAGAAGAGUGUUUCAAGUCCGUCCUGUCGAUGGAGAAAAAAAUCAAAGAGGACCGUUUCCUGGUGCCAUACGCGCACGUGGAACUGGCAUUUUUGUACAAAUCCAAAGGCAACCUAGAAAAGGUCGCUUAUUUCCUCGAAACGGCAAAAAAAAAUUACUCUGGUUAUUCGCUGGAGACAAGACUGCAUUUCCAAAUCCAUUGUGCUUGGGCCUCCUUGAACGAGCGAAAAGCCAAAACCACAACGGACCACAACGAUCUCGCGCCCGACAGUCAAUUCGACGACAACCAAUGA